AGGUAAUUAGCUCCUCAUUGCUUGCCACAGUUAAUUAUCACCAAUAUAAUUCACUACUACACUGUUAACACGCCAAGGUCCAAAGGUCACUUGUGUUAUAAUAUAAAGGAUCAAUAUGGACCAUAUCCAGCAGCUGCAAAAGAAGAUGGACGAGCUGGAGAAAAUGUUCUCGUCCCAAAUGGCAUCCUUUGAGAGCUGCAUUACCGAGAAGGACAUUCCAAGUGGUUCUUCGCUGGAGUCGGAUUUCAAAAACUUUAAGGAAUUCAUAUGGAAAGCGGUCGAGUGUCUACAACAGCAAAUGGGUUUUGUGUCGGCAUCCUUGGAAGAAUUAGAGACUCGGUCACGGUCAGGCAUGCUACUCCUUCACGGUAUUAAGGAGACAGACGGUGAGGAUGUCACCACAAUUGUUGCCUCCGAGUUCAAGGAUACAUUGCAGGUCCAAAAUAUCACAACAAAUUCCUUCUUUGCUUGCCAUCGUCUGGGCAAAAAGCGAGGUUCCAAGCCAAGACCUAUACUGGUGAAGUUUGGUUGUGUGCGGACCCGGGCUGCAGUGUGGGCAGCAAAGAAGAAAUUCAAAGGCUCUGGCAAAACCGUCUCUGAGUUUCUCAUAGCAUCUCGCCAUGCGGUUUUCUUGGAGGCUCGGCGAAUAUACGGCGUGCAGGGCAGCUGGACCAGUGAUGGGCGGAUCGUCGUGCAGUGCGGCAAUGGGACGCGUCACAAGGUAACAACGAUGGCGGAGCUGCUUGCGUUGUCUGCGUCAGAACCGGCUGCUGAUGCUAAAGUUCCCGCUGAAGUUUCUGAAGCAGCCUCAGUUCAACGCGCCGAAGUCGCCAAAAAACCUGCGCAGGCGCUGAAGGAACCCGGCGCUGCCGGAACUACGAGACGCGCACACAACCUCAGGAAGAAGAGUCCCUCCGCCUCCGGAUCUCGGUAG